AUGUCCGACGCGGUAGAGCUCAUCGGCACCUUCACCUGCCCGAUCGUCCACCGCGUGGAGGUGGCCCUGCGGCUCAAGGGCAUUCCCUACGAGUUCAUCGAGGAAGACCUCGGCAACAAGAGCGAGCUGCUGCUGAAGCACAACCCCAUCCACAAGAAGGUGCCCGUGCUCCUCCACGGCGACCGGCGGCCGGCCCUCUGCGAGUCGUUCGUCAUCCUCGAGUACCUCGACGAGGCGUUCCCUCAGGGGCUCGCUCUCAUGCCAACCGACCCGCUCGACAGGGCCAUGGCCCGCUUCUGGGCACGCUUCAUCGACGAGAAGUGCUGGGGUCCUGCGUGGGUGGCGCUGUGGGCGGCGGAGGGUGAGGGAAAGGAGGCGGCGGCGAGGGAGGCGAAGGCGAACCUGGCGCUCCUGGAGGGACAGCUCGGCGGGAAGAGGUUCUUCGGCGGCGACCGCGUCGGCUUCCUCGACUUGGUCGCCAGCGGGUUCGCGCACUGGCUGGGAGUGUACGAGGAGAUGGGCGGGACGCGGCUGCUCGCCGAAGACGGGCACCCGGCGCUGUGGCGGUGGGCGAGGGAGUACGCGGCGGAUGCGACCGUGAGGCAGUGCCUGCCGGAUAGGGAGGCUCUGCUUGCAGCGAUGGCAACGAGCAAGGACAGGUUCGUGUCCGCGGCCACCGCCAUGGCGCGGAAAUGA